AGAACACUUCCCGAGUUUGAUUCUUACAUAUUGCACUCCAACACAACGAGGAAGAAAAAUAAGAACGGAUUCGGCGCAAUUUUUUUUCCCUCCUUCCAGCAGCGAAGUUUUAGAUCACUUCGCUGAAAACUGAAAACCGCGCGGAGCCUUUUUCCUGACGGCCCGGUUUCUGGGGAUAGGCUGUAGGCGUCUCCCCUCCAUCCUCACUCAACUCUUUUAUCGCCGCGCGCUGAUCUCACUCAAAAUUGCUCCGUUCCCCAAGGGCCCGAGAGUGAAAAGCGGAAACCUAGCCAUUUCUCCCGCCGUCAUGGCGCCGCCGCCGCCGGGGGAGUUCGUCGAGGUGCGGUGCGCGGGGUGCGGCGAGACGCUGGAGGUGGAGCCGGCGCUCACCGAGUUCGCUUGCCCCGACUGCGGUACCCAGCAGGCGCUCCCGCCGGAGCUCAUGCCGCCGCCCCCGCCGCGCCCGCGCCGGGCGCUUCCCAUCCCUGGCCGCGGAGCCGCCGCCGCCGCUGUGCCUGUGCCCGUGCCCGUGCCCGUGCCCGUGGCACCAGCGCCCGCGAGUUUGCCGUGCGGCGCCUGCGCCGCGCUGCUGAGCGUGCCGGCAGGCCUCGCGCGCUUCGCAUGCCCUCUCUGCGGCGUCGAGCUCACUGUCGACGGCGGGCGUCUCCGAGCAUACCUCGUCUCCCCGCCCCGCCCCACUGUCUCGGUCCUGGCGCCGCCCCCAGCCGGCAUUACUUUGAGUUCGAGGCCAUCCCCACACUGGCGUCCCGAGGGUCAAGUAGAAAAGUAUAAUCACCUGACUCGUACAAUUCACAGAGAGGAAACAUUCAGCUCUUCCCAAACAGGAGCAACCCACACCGUGUUGGCACAAAAAGAGCCCAGUAUCUAUUCAGCUCAUAGAGAGGAGUCACGUAUCGAGCCAAUCAAUAAGACCGUUGCAAAGUCUAGUGUGACAAAAACUAAAUUGCCAGCUUGUCCUGAAUCUACAGGUGUGGGAAAAGCACGACAAGAGCCUCCUAUACAUGCAAGCUCUGCCUCUCGGGCACAAGUUUGUUCUUCCAAUUAUCCAGUUCGUGCACAAGGACAGCGACCUGUAGAGGACUUCACAGGUCAUGGACAACAGAUAAACGAACAUCGAGAUAUGCCAAGUACCAUCCAGCACGAAACAAUAGAGGCCCCAAAUCAAGCCAAUUGUGUUGAACAGGCCCAAGGUGACUAUCACAGCGAGGCAACUGUGUGGAAUCUGAAGAGGAAAAGGAGCGGCAAGAGUGCCAGUGUUCAGAAGGGGAAGCGGAAGGGCUUGACUAGUUAUCCAAAUGGAGGGGUCCAUCUUAGGCGUAGUACACGUUUGUCAAAGCAGCCAGAAAAUCCUAUCAACAAUGAGCCUGUCCAGCAGCCAGCUGCAUUGAAUCAGUGUGAUUCAGAUCCUCUAAACAUUGAUAAAAUCAUCUCCAAUCUGUGUUCCAGAACAUUGCCUCAGCACCAAAUGCCUCGAGCAAGCUCAAGCCAGUCAGGCCAAGUUGAUGCAGCCACUGGACCACCUCAAUCAAAUCAUGAUGCAUCUCAAGAUGGGCAAUUCCCACUCUGCUACAAUCAAUUGUACCCUCCGGAGGUCCCAGGUGAACACUUGCUUGAUAGAAUUGGUGACGAGCAGCCACUUUCACCAGAGGACCAACUUCAUAUUAUGCAUGUUCAACAGGAGGAUGCACAGAGGGGCCACUCCAUGUUAGGAUCUGUUGUGAAAUCGUCAGGGAAGCGCAGAGGACGUGGACAUCAACCUACAAGACUAAUCCAACCGCGAAGGGAAGUUGACAGGCCUGUCUUGACACCUAAUAUUAUUGACAAAUGGGAUGUCAACCCACCUUGCCCUAAGGUGGCCUCUACCAUCACUAUUCUUUUGAAGCAGAAGUACCCUGGGUCUACCUAUCUGCCAGCUGGUCAGCGAAGAGAAGUUCCUCCCAACGGAGAAGUGGUUCUCCACUGGCAACAGUAUCCACCAGAAACGAGGGAUGCUAUUUUGAAUGAAUUUCUUCAACGCUACAAGUGGGCCCCUGGCCGAGAAGCAGAGUGUCUGAAGCUAUUUGAGCGCAGAGCAGCCAGACAGUUUGCUGGCGUCCUAUCUGAAGAGAAGCGAAAGGUUAGAGUAAAGAUUGCUGUAGUAGACAAAUCCAAUGAAGCUUCAGGUGCACACAGGUCCAACAGACAUGCAGAGUUAGAAGAUGAAGAUCAAGAAGAAGAACCAGAGGACCAGCAGGCAUUAGAGAGAAGUGACGACGAUGACCCCUUACUGUGGAAACGUUUCUCCCCUGCAUGGAUGUAUCCAAGUUGGUGGGAGAGGUUAUGUGAACACUGGGCCAAAGAAGAAGUCUUAAAGAUGUCUUCCCAGAACAGGAAGAACCGAUACACUGGAGGCCGUGCUCAUCACACAUCAGGUUCACGGAGCAUUGCCAUGCAUAGGCAGAUUAUGGUUAUAGAAAAUGGCGGGGUGCCAGUGUCAGAACUAGAGGUAUUCAACAAGACCCAUAGGCGUAAUGGUGGCACAGGGGAAUUUGUCAGUGAGAGAGCAAAGCGAACUGUGGAGGGCUUCAAGAAACGUAUGGACGAGGCUGGUGAUAAGAUACACCCCCACCUUGCAUGGGUGCAGGAAGUAGGGGGUCGGAACCGUGGAAGGUACUAUGGGCUCACUGGUAUCAUUGACAAGGACAAGGUUGAUGAGUUAGCAAAGUCCAUGCCAAAUAGUUCUGGUAUAAAAGGGUACAGGCAGAAGUUCACGCAGGAGCAGGUGCAGCAGAUGAUUAAUCAGGCCCUGCAGGGGUUAAAUGAAACCUGGGAGAAGAAGUUUAAAUCCUUGGAGCAAAGUUUGAGUGGCGUGCAACCGUUAGGUAUUGAUCCUGAGCAUGCCCCUGGAUCUUCUGCAGCUAGAGAGAGAAGCCACCAGGAGGAUCAGUCGAGACAUCAUCAGGAUGCAUCAGAUGCGCAGACUGGGGAAAGCCACGAGGAGGACGAUGAGGAAGUGGUGUCUACAAGCGUCUGAGUUGCAUCACAGUGUUAUUUGUAGAUUGUGACAGAUGCUGUUUGUGCGCCCAUUGCGCUCCAGAGAAAUGCUGAAAUGCACGGCUUUCCUCCCUGGUGUCAGGUGUGCCUGGGCGCCCGCUUCGAUGCUUUGACCGUCAAUGAUACGGAGAAGGGCCUUGCUAGCGUUUGCGUUUGGACGUCCGAUCGUUCGUUGCAACAUUAAAAUACACGCUUGCAAUAUAAACGCAUAUAUUUAGAGGUGUAGAGUAAAAUUUCCACCGCAA